AUGGUUGUUAAACGCGAGGAUAAUGUCAAGGAUGAGGAUUUCGAAGCUCUUUUGAAACCUGUCUAUAAGGGUAAGAAACUUACUGACGCUGUUAGCACUGCAGAAGAUAAAUGGAAUUUGUUACCUGCAUUUCUGAAGGUCAAAGGUUUGGUGAAACAACAUUUAGAUUCUUUUAAUUAUUUCGUUGACGUGGAUUUGAAAAAGAUUAUAAAGGCUAAUCAGUUGAUAUUAAGUGAUGUUGAUCCCGAAUUUUACUUGAAGUACGUCGAUAUCCGGAUUGGUCAGAGAUCUUCUUCUAGUUCAAAGGAUUAUUUGACUCCUCCUCAUGAAUGUAGAUUGAGAGAUAUGACUUAUUCCGCUCCAAUUUACGUUGACAUCGAAUAUACAAGGGGUAGAAACAUUAUUAUGCAUAAAGAUGUAGAGAUAGGUAGAAUGCCAAUUAUGUUGAGAUCAAAUAAAUGUAUCUUGAAUGGUGCAGACGAUUCUAUGAUGGCUAAAUUAAAUGAAUGUCCGUUGGAUCCUGGUGGUUACUUCAUUGUAAAUGGUACUGAAAAAGUUAUAUUGGUUCAAGAACAAUUAUCAAAGAAUCGUAUUAUUGUAGAGGCAGACGAGAAAAAAGAAAUCGUACAAGCUUCAGUCACCUCUUCUACACACGAAAGAAAAUCGAAAACUUAUGUCGUUACUAAAAAUGGUAAAAUAUAUUUAAAGCAUAAUUCCAUCGCCGAAGAAGUACCAAUCGCUAUUGUCUUGAAGGCUUGUGGUAUUAUCUCGGAUUUGGAAAUCAUGCAAUUGGUAUGUGGUAACGAUAGUAGUUACCAAGAUAUAUUUGCAGUCAAUUUGGAAGAGGCUGCAAAAUAUAAUAUUUAUACUCAAAGACAAGCUUUGGAAUACAUUGGUGGUAAGGUGAAGACUAUUAGAAGACAAAAAUUAUCUAUUCUACAAGAAGGUAUUGAAGCUAUUGCAACUACAGUCAUUGCUCAUUUGACUGUAGAAGCUUUGGAUUUUAGAGAAAAAGCCCUAUAUGUCGCCAUGAUGGCUCGUAGAGUGGUUAUGGCUAUGCACAACCCAAAAAUGGUCGACGAUAGAGAUUAUGUCGGUAAUAAACGUUUGGAAUUGGCCGGUCAAUUGAUCUCUUUAUUAUUCGAAGAUUUGUUCAAGAAAUUUAAUAGUGAUUUUAAGGCAAGUAUUGAUAAAGUUUUGAAAAAACCAAAUAGAGCCAUGGAGUAUGACGCAUUGUUGUCGAUUAACGUUCAUUCUAAUAAUAUCACAAGUGGUCUAAACAGAGCCAUCUCUACAGGUAAUUGGUCUUUGAAGAGAUUUAAGAUGGAAAGAGCCGGUGUCACACAUGUCUUGUCAAGAUUAUCAUAUAUUUCUGCUCUGGGUAUGAUGACAAGAAUUUCAUCUCAAUUCGAAAAAUCUAGAAAAGUUUCUGGUCCAAGAGCUUUGCAACCAUCUCAAUUCGGUAUGUUAUGUACCGCCGAUACUCCAGAAGGUGAAGCAUGUGGUCUAGUUAAAAACUUAGCAUUAAUGACGCAUAUUACUACUGAUGAUGAAGAAGAACCAAUUAAAAAUCUAUGUUUUGUAUUGGGUGUUGAAAACAUCUGUUUAGUAGAUAGUGCCACUCUGCAUUUAAAUUAUACCGUUCACUUGAAUGGUACUUUAAUUGGUACAAUUAGAUUCCCAGCUAGAUUUGUUUCCCAAUUUAGACACUUGAGAAGAACAGGUAAAGUCUCUGAAUUUAUUUCGAUUUACACUAAUUCUCACCAAAGAGCUGUUCAUAUUGCCACUGAUGGUGGUAGAAUUUGUAGACCGUUAAUCAUAGUGACAGCUGGAAAAUCACACGUUAAUGCUGAACACUUGAAAGAAUUAUUAGAAGGUAAAUUGGUUUUUGAUGAUUUUUUGAAACUCGGAUUGGUAGAAUAUCUAGAUGUCAAUGAAGAAAAUGAUUCUUUCAUUGCUUUAUAUGAAAAGGACAUUAAUGAAAAUGUUACACAUAUGGAAAUUGAACCUUUCACUGUUUUAGGUGCAGUUGCAGGUUUGAUUCCAUAUCCUCACCAUAACCAAUCUCCACGUAACACAUAUCAAUGUGCGAUGGGUAAGCAAGCCAUUGGUGCAAUCGCAUAUAAUCAAUUUAAGAGAAUCGAUACACUAUUAUACUUAAUGAUCUAUCCUCAACAACCAAUGGUCAAAACAAAGACUAUUGAACUGAUUGAUUAUGAUAAAUUACCAGCUGGUCAAAAUGCUACUGUUGCAGUUAUGUCUUACUCUGGUUAUGAUAUUGAAGAUGCUUUGGUUUUGAAUAAAUCAUCCAUUGAUAGAGGUUUUGGUCGUUGUGAAACACGUAGAAAAACCACAACUGUCUUAAAGAAAUAUCCAAAUCAUACACAAGAUAUCAUUGGUGGUAUGCGUGUUGAUGAAAAUGGUAAACCGAUCUGGCAACACGAACCAUUAGGCCCAGAUGGUUUAGGUGAAGUUGGUGUUCAAGUUACCAGUGGUCAAAUCUAUAUUAACAAAUCUGUCCCAACAAAUAGUGGUGAAGGUGUGCUAGCAAAUACUCAAGCUCAAUAUAAGGAAACUCCUGUUAUUUACAGAGCACCAGAACCAUCUCGUAUUGAUCAAGUUAUGAUGUCUGUGUCUGAUAAUGAUCAAGCUUUAAUCAAAGUUUUAUUGAGACAAAACAGAAGACCUGAAUUAGGUGACAAAUUCUCAUCGAGACAUGGUCAGAAGGGUGUUUGUGGUAUUAUUGUGAAUCAUGAAGAUAUGCCUUUUAAUGAUGAUGGUAUUUCACCAGAUAUUAUUAUGAAUCCUCAUGGUUUCCCAUCUCGUAUGACUGUCGGUAAAAUGAUUGAGUUAGUUUCUGGUAAAGCAGGUGUUCUGAACGGUAGUCUUGAAUAUGGUACUUGUUUUGGUGGUUCCAAACUGGAAGAUAUGUCUAGAAUUUUGGUUGAUAAAGGUUUCAACUAUUCUGGUAAGGAUAUGUUGUAUUCAGGUAUAACAGGUGAAUGUUUACAAGCUUAUAUUUUCUUUGGUCCUAUCUACUAUCAAAAGUUGAAGCAUAUGGUUUUGGAUAAGAUGCAUGCAAGAGCCAGAGGUCCAAGAGCUGUUUUAACUCGUCAACCAACAGAAGGUAGAUCAAGAGAUGGUGGUUUAAGAUUAGGUGAAAUGGAAAGAGAUUGUGUUAUCGCAUAUGGUGCUUCCCAAUUAUUAUUAGAAAGAUUGAUGAUCAGUUCAGAUGCUUUCGAAGUGGAUGUCUGUGAUAAGUGUGGUUUGAUGGGCUACAGUGGCUGGUGUUCUACUUGUAAGAGUGCAGAACAUAAUAAUAAAAUGACUAUUCCAUACGCUGCAAAACUGUUGUUCCAAGAAUUAUUAUCAAUGAACAUCGCUCCAAGAUUGAGAUUAGAAGACAUUUUCCAACAAUGA